AUGGCGUCCAACGCCUCAAAUUUGGCAUCCUGGGAUGUCGAUAAAGUCGAGCAAUGGCUAAGCGAAAACGGCUUUGAUUCGUACGUAGACCUUUUCUGUAAAACGCACAAAAUGGACGGAUUAUGUCUGCAAACUUUGACGGAACGGGACCUAAAGGAACCGCCGAUGUAUAUAAAGGUUUUGGGCGAUGUGAAACGGCUAUGGUUGGCCAUAGUAGAAUUACGAAAAUCUUGUGGAAACUGUCGAAAAAGCUUAAACUACUCGCGUACUAGCACGCCAGAUGACUUAAAAUCGGUUGGAGAUUUUUCGGACGGGCGGAUUUUCACAGACGCCUCCGAUUCCGACAUCGACCCCCCUGAAAUUCUCUUACGGCUGUCGUCGGUAGGGGAUACCGGCCGUACCCUAUUGGCAGUUGUUUAUUGUGUUAUGGUGCUGAUAAUUACCUCGUUAACGAUGACGGUUGUCCACGAUCGAGUUCCGGACAUGAAUCGUUACCCGCCCUUGCCCGAUAUCUUUCUAGAUAACAUGCCGCUGGUCCCUUGGGCUUUUUACAUUUGCGAACUGUCUGCCUCGAUAAUGGGUUUCAUUCUUGCAUUGGUGAUUGUCAUGCAUAAGCAUCGGUUGAUUCUAAUUCGACGUAUCUGCGCUAUCGUUGGUACUGUGUUCCUGUUGAGAUGUGUGACGAUGUUUUUGACGUCGUUAAGUGUUCCUGGUGUUCAUUUGGAGUGCUCCGGCAAGGUAUAAUGAUUUACUUGUGAUUAAAUGUUGAACAUAGGGUUCUUACAAAAAUUGAAAGUCCUUGAAUGUCCAUGAAUUUGAUAGAUAGAUGGAAAUUGACAGUGGAAAUUUAUAUACAAUAAUUAUAAUAACUUACUGACCAAGAAUGAGGGCAUUAUGGGAAGAUAUCCAACCAAGGUCUUGCUGUACCGUCGAUUGCAACUAAAGCCAGGUGCACACACUGCGAUUUUAGUCGGCCGAUUCAGGUUUAGAUGGAUGCUUUCAGCAAAAACAAUCAGUGAUAGGAUCUGUGGGCUCAUCUACAUCGCCAGAUUUGCCAAUAUCAUACACCUAAACAUUAAAUCGGCCGACUAAAAUCGCAGUGUGUGCGCCUGGCUUAAGCGGAAACACGUCAUGAGAAAACGUGAUCUAAUUGGACAUGAAACAUAACAUGUUUGGACUUCAAACUUUACAUUUGACGGUUUAAUUACAAUUAUUUUUCCCACGAAAAUGUAACAAAGUUAGUACAAACAUUGCAGACAAUACUGAAUUUGUCAAAACUCACAAAUUUACAGUAUGUUAGAUCUUCACUACUUAUUAGGCCUGUUUCAUUAGUCAAAUUUAAUUCAGACAAAUUUAAUCACGGGUUUAGUGUUUGCAAGAUAAUUAAUUCCCGCCCAAUAUGAAUGUGUUUCUAAAUUUGGAAUAUUGACAGUUGACAGUUGAAACAUAAAUGUUUGCAGUAAAAUAUGUGACGUUUGAAGUCCAAACAAAUCAUGUUUGACAGCCAAUUGGACGCGUUUUCUCAUGGCAUGUUACCGCUUAGUCGCAAUCGACGGUAUUCAGGGUCUCCGUAUCCAAAUGGGAUACCAGGAUUCAAAGUUUGGUAUCCCCCCCCCCCUGAGAAUCCAGUAUCCCACUUUUGGAUACUGGUUAUCAGUACCAUAAGUAUUAUACUCCGUCCCAUCCAAAUAAGUUUCCAUUACUCUUACUGUUACAAAUUACAAUAUGGUAACAAUGCACUAUGUUGGACUAAUUCUUGACCUCAUUAACUAUGGUUUUGAUGACGUCAGGAGUUGGGUUAACCAAUAUAAAACUACUCUAAAACGACCAAGUAACAAUCCAAAAUUGUUUGAAAUGUUUUUAAUCAUUUCUAAAUUUCAGACAGCAACCAGAAACAAAAUUUUGGAUCCAUAUUGAUGUUUACUCUCCAGAUGAAAAAUUAGUGUGACCCCUUUCUUGACGUAACAAUUAUGCAUGUUAGUAACAUCAUGGAUAAUAAAAUAAAUGGAUAGGAAACUAGCUGACGUGACGUAAUGUUUUCAAUGGGCUGAUGGCGUGAUUGGAUAUUGAAACCUAGUUCGCAAACCAAAUUCUCAAAAACGGUAUGUUUAGCAAUAAUACAGCUAAACAUUUUAGUCAAAGAGCAAAUGAAUAUAACUACGCCAUUCUACGAUGAAAUCUCUAAGUAUUCCCAGUCAAUUUUAGCAAAUAUUUCAACGGUGAAAAAGGCAUCCCAAAUUUCGUUAAAAUUGGGGAUGCCAAUUUCGUAGCUACAAAAUGUAAAAAAUACAAAACAAAGACGAAAAACAUUUACCUUGAAUACUUUGUCGUGGCUUAGGCAUGUUUGUAAAACAAUUAGACCAGUAUAUGCUUCAAUAUUACUCUUUUAAAUUAAAGCGAAAAGUAUAGCGAAACAACAAAAAUGCCGAGAACUUUGCAAUAUGUGUGACAGAUUGCAACCAGGUUGUUUUUGCUUACGUCAGCUAGAGUCCUAUCCAUUUAUUUUAUUAUCCAUGGUAACAUGCAUAAUCUUCAAUAAUCCAAGAUGACGAACAGCUCACUUUUUCGAAAUAUUUGGAAAACUAAGCAAGAUAUAAACAAUCUGUAAUAGCUGAGUUUAAUAUAUAGUUUUAAGAGUUGUGUAAUUUUAUUGCCAAUGUCCUUUAUUUAAAGGAUUUUGAAUUUAAAUUCAACUCAAUUUAGAUUUAUGGUGACUGGGAGACAAGAUUGAAGCGUGCAUUCACAAUAUUCUUUGGUGGAGGUCUGGCAUUAAAUGGUGUACGUUCCUGUGGAGAUUAUAUGUACAGCGGGCAUACAUGUGCUGUGACCUUACUCAAUUUUUUCAUCUCGGAAUGUAAGUACAAUUAUAUUUAAUCAUAAUCAAGGGUAUAGGCUGAGCCCACCCCCCUGUUGAAAAUGUAAUGCUGGUUUAGGUAGCCGACCUUCCAAUAUUUUUGCAGCUUGCAUAUUCAUAACCUGGGAAGGUCUUUACAACUGCAGUGUCAGACCUUAAAAUAUGUUUUUCACGGCCGUCUUACAAAAUGUCCGAUGACUUUAAGUUUGGGUCGGACAUAUGUACUGUAUGAUGAUAUCCGAUGACCAACAGUUUAGUUUAGCUCUGAAAUAAGUCUGAAUGACACAAAUAUAUAAUAAUUAUUCAUACUUAUUUCCAUUAAGCCAAAAUUAACUUGCAUGCCAAUAACAACAGUAAGAUCGACGUCGACAGUUAAGUUCGUUUUCCACUUCACAAUUUCGCUCGCCGCCUGCAACAUUUUGAUCCACGUUGGACAAAGGCGUCAAAGCAACAGUUCGGUUGGACACCAAUUCACUCGGGUCAGACAGAAUGUCCGGUGGUUUCCUCUGUAAGUCGGACAAUUUCACGAAUGGGUCGAACAAUGUCCGUGACCGACCGAUAUUUUAAGGCCUUUGCAGUGUGGAAAUGAUGCAGUAAUGUUAGUAAUCUGUACUUGAUUACUUAGCAUGUCAGAUGUUGGGAUCCUAGGUAGCGGCGCUACCUGCAAUUGCCUGAAGCUAACUGCAAUCCUUGGUCAGAAGAUCUUACGCAUGCUUAUAAGUAAAGUAGAAAAUUUCAAUUUUUCCGAAUACAUUUUGCAAUAUUUACCGACCAGAUUUAAUAACAGUCGUACUCAAGACGUAAAUUCAUCAAAUGAUGCCAUCAAAAACUUAAACGUUCCUGUUCUGUGGCCGAAUUUCAUUCAUCAGCAGACAAUUUUGUCGGCUUGAUAUGUGAAAAGUUUCGAGCAAUUGGGUUUUGAGCAAAUUAGCGGACACUCAAUUUUGACAAUAUGAAACAUAACUCAAAAAAUGUCUUCGGUGCCUGGUCCCUGUUGUAAUUUGCCAGCUUCAAGCGAAACGGGCAAGUUUGCACCACGCAGGGCCAACUGUAAAUUCUUUUUGGCUACCUGCAUACAGGCAUGGCAAUCUUUGGUCAGAAGGUCUUACGCAUGCUUAAUUUAAGUAAAGUAGAACUUUUUAAUUGGACUAACAUUACCAUACCCGCGAUCGCCGUGUAAGGCAAACAAGAUGCCUGGUUUCUUGCGUGGGGUUGCAACGGAAAUUACAAAUGUUAAGAUACAUCGCACACUGUACCUGUCAAAGUUUAUUUUGAAGUUACCAUACGUAUGCGAAGAAACGUACAAAGACAGACUGAUCUCCUUAGACUUACUACCAAUCAUACUGGCACGAGUUCCUUGACAUUAUGUUUUUCUUUAAAGCUGUACACAACAUUAUAACUAGUGUCUCGAAUGAAGUCCUUCCGCAGUCAAUUUCCCCAUCGAGGCUCACUAGAACCCCAGUUGACACCAACGUGUUCUCGUUCCAUCCUCGCAAAUAUAAGAUGCUGACAUACCAAUGGCAACGCUCUCUCUUCAUCAGAGUAGUAGGGAGUUUAAGAUGCACCAAAUCUGCAACGCUGACGCGACUAAAAAACAGUCGCUAAUAAUUGGAGACUAGUUUUACUUUGUUUUUCUCGUGUUCCUGGCUUUGUUUACCAACAACAAUCCAUAGUUUUUACCCGUGAAGUGAAACUGUGAUACAGGGUGUUAGCUAGCCCAUAUAGUAUACAGGGUGUAUCAAAAAAAGCGCAAUCCUCGACUGAGAUGUAAAUUGCUAAACAAAUAAUAGACGAAAACGUUAAAGUUUACAUUCAUUUUAAAGCGUAGCCAUUCAGCUUUCUAACAGUGGGUUGUUUCUUAAAUUUGACUCAUUGGUUCGCGGAUAAUAAUACUUUACGUUAUUGCGAUUGGAGAUUAAAAAAAUUGAGAUGGAAUAACAAAUCGUUCUCAUGAAAAUAACUGAUUUUUUCAUUAAAACAAAAAAAUGUUGCAUUUUAUUAAAUGGAUUGUAACAAUAAGUAUAAUUACGGCUUUUCUUCCACUAUUUUUAACUCAGUUUGAAACUUCAAAUGCGAUAUAAUUUUGGCUUGGACCAUCUAAGCUGACUGACAUCAACUUGCUAUAAUUUCUGUUUACAUUACAUCGCAAUUCGAUGACACUCUGGCUCGGACACCAGAAUGUUUUGACGAUUUUUAGCAUUCGUUUAGGAUUUUCAAACAACCUGGUCUCUUUUAAAAUACUUUUAAUUUGUUCUUACGUGGUUUUCCAGAUGUAGUGACGACAACAUUAAAGUUUAAAGAAGAAAAUUCUAACAUUUAAACCGACUAAACAAUAACAUAGUAAACUUGCAUAAUUAAACAGCAACUAAAAAUGAUAGGUUUUACUAAAUCUUUUCCUGUGCAAUUAUUACUAGCAUUGGAGACAAGGAUAAUAGUUUGUUUGAAAGAGAAAAGAACAGGCUUUGAAGUAAGCCUAAAAGCGUUUAACUAGAAAUAGUAUUUCGAAAGUUAUAAAGCACAAAAGAUGAAUUGCGUUUAUUUUGAUACACCCUGUAUACUGUCCGUUUGACGGACUCUUCCCAAUUGAAGUAGCUAAGGGGCUUUCCCAACUGGGUCUACUGGAAGAUUUUCAUUUUUUCUGAUGAGAAAGUGCAUUGCGUUUGAUUUUAUAUUAUUAUAUCAAAGAAAAUAUAUUAUAUUAUUAUAUCAAAGUGUAUCGUGUUUCAUUUAUAUUGGGUGUGUAUUCACAGAAAUGAAAUGUACAAAACAAAGUGUAAUCGCUGUGCGUCCGUGUUCAUUCACCGGAAAUGAAAUGUACAAAACCAAGCUACCGUUGUUUGCAUCUAAGGAGAAACACGUUGGAAAACACUAUUUAUUCCUACACAAGAACUUUGAUCGGUCAAAAAACUUUCCCAAUUUACGUUUAACGGACAAAACUUUUUUUCUGGCUAACACCCUGUGAUAAUAGCGACAGUUUUUCGUCACGUCCGCGUCGUAGAUUUGAGUAUCUUAAGCUCCCUAAUAAGAACUUGCAACUCUCUGCCAGAAGGUCUAGGAUCUGUCGCUGGUACGAUUUAGAACAUUGUUGCUGUACUACUAUCACAACGCUGCCAAAACAUCCUAUGAUGUGGACGACGCCAGAACGUGGUGAAUAGUUUGCUUGAAAUGUAACACAUCACGCAAAUUCAUGCAGCCAUUAACGUGCUGCUAUUAGUACAUACACACUAUCAAUUAUCAGUUUCAAUUUAUAUAUUAGUUAUGUGUUUUCUACAUCCAAGGGCCCACGGGCUUGGCGCAUUUGCUGCGUUUCGAUAUGUUUUGUCUAGGUCUACGCCAAGUUUUUAAGCAAUUUUCCGUAUUUUCCAAUGUUGGGCUCACAAAAUUCAAACUAUUUUAAAAUUAAUAUAUAUGAUUGUAAAAUUAAACCACCAUCCUAGGUUAGCGGUCGAGGGUGCAUGUUUUUGUUUUACUUUCAUGUUUAACACAUAGACAGGGGCGUUGAAGUUUGCGCGUUUGUUGAACGGGAAUGGUUGUGUGUACGUGUUGUUUGAUUGUGUAAUUAUAGGCGAAGCUAAAUAAAUAAAUAAAUCUAUUUAUCUAUCUAGAUACGCCAAGGAGAUGGUCAUUCCUUCAUACAAUAUGCUGGCUUCUCAAUAUUUUUGGAAUAUUCUUCAUCCUUGCGGCACACGAACACUACAGCAUCGAUGUCUUCAUAGCUUUCUACAUCUCUUCUCGUAUCUUCUUAUACUACCACGCGCUGGCAAACGCACAAUCCCUCGAUAACCGUGCAAAGCUGCGAACUAGGAUCUGGUUUCCAUUGUUCUGGUUCUUUGAAAGCAAUUGCAAGUUCAAGGGUCGAAUCCCAAACGAGUACGAAUGGCCGAUAAGUUUGUCUUUUUGGAAGACCAAGGAACAGUAAGUGUUGAUGGCAUUGCAAAUAGAUAGAUAGAUAAAUUACUGAUACAUAAUUGUUCUUAACAUACUGAGAUAUAGUUGUUUUUAAAAGCUAAAAAGCUACUAGAAUCUUUAACAAAUGGCGGAAGAUUAUUCCAUUCAUUAAAAAAACAUAUAGUUAUGCGAUGUUUGUUGUCCAUGCACAAACUUCGCGCUAUAUGUUUUUUUAAUGAAUGGAAUAAUCUCCACCAUUUGUUAAAAUUCUUGUAGCUUUUUAAAAUUCUUGUAGCUUGUAGCUUCUUUAAAAUUCUUGUGGCUUGUAACUAUUUCUCAGUAUGUCAUGAAUAACUCAUUAUCUUAGUGUUUAAGUGUGGACUUAAUUGACCAUUUAAUUAACUUUUUGAACUUUCUUAGGAUUUUUAAUGAAUUAUUAAUCAUUUUUCAUAUUAUAUUGUUGCAUGAUGUUUGCAAAAAUAUAUAGCAAUAACUAUAGUUAUUUGAGAACUGAUUUUUUAUUGCCAAUGUCCUAUAAAAUCUAAAAUUUGUCGUGAAUUAGACGCCGUGAAUUGUAUAAGGGUGUAUAAAAAAGAUGUAACCCAACUUUGACAUGAGACAAAAAAAAAUAUGUGGAUUUCCUAUUUCUUCUUGUAAAAACUUAGGUAGGUUUUAACUUUUAGAGUAGGUCGGUUUUAACUUUUUUUUAACUUUUCUUUUUAUUUUCCUAACAACCGGACGCCAUGUUUGUUUAGUUAGUGCUGCCACAUCCAAAGAUAAAUUUCCCUAAUAUUGCCUCAAAUUUCCAUUUUCCACAAACGUUUUCUUCUAAGUGCAAAAACGUACAAGCAUGAUGCAAUAAAAAAGUUUAGGGUCGGGAUUUCGGCGUCCAAAAGCUAGAUAGGUUUGGGAAACCGGAAACCCACAUUUUUUUUUGCCUAAUUAGUAUAGGUAAUCACACGGGAAAGAGUGCAAUUAAUGAUUAACACUACGAGUGAUAUUUGAAAAAUAGGCCAAAAUUGCACGAGCCGCCAAGGCGAGUGCAAUUUGGCACAUUUUUCAAAAAUCACGAGUAGUGUUGAUCAUUAAUUGCACGACUUGCCCGUGUGAUUAUUUAUUUAUUUAUUGUAUGCAUGACAAAAUCGCUUUCUUUAAAAUUCAACAGUUACUGCGUUUUGCCAAGAGUUUUCAACUCUUUUGUAAGCAAUUUGGCACAAGCAAACUUGAGAAAUGAUCAAAAACUCAUAAAAGCAACAUAAUUUAAACUACAGGGUGUUGUGCAUCAUAAACGUAGCCAGUGCUGGAAAAUGUCCGGCAGCACCAGCAGCACCGCUGCCAGGAAAUUUUCACAAGUUAUUUUCGCAGGAAAUUUUCUUACACCUCGCAGGAAUUUUUUGUUACAUAUACUUCUAAUACACUUACUGUACUGUUUAAAAAUCCCAAAAGCAUUUUGCAAGUCGAGAUAUCUGCAUUGAACUAUAAAUAAACUGGAAGGCUACCUCAGGGGGGGGGGGAAUUGAAGCCAGUGCAUUUUAGUUUUUCUGAGUUAUGAGCAGAAAUACUCAACACUGAACGUUGGGCUAUAUAUCAAAUUGAAGCUAUUGAAAAACGCUAUUUGGUGUAGAAAUUUCAAGACUUUAGCUAAGAGGGAAAUAUUGAAAAACUACAAACAUAAUUACCGAUAAUUUGCCGUUUUGCAGUUGUUUUUGUAUUUUUAAAAUAUUUUUCUUUUCGCUGAAGUCUUGAAAUUUCCACACCGAAUAGCAAUUUUCAAUAGCUUCAAUUUGAUAUGUAGCCCAACGUUUGGAGUCAAGUAUUUCUGCUCAUAACUCAGAAAAACUAUUUUGGCUUCAUCAAAUCAUAGGCUUUCAUCAUAGCAGUUAGCCUUCUAGUUUAUUUAUAGUUCAAUGGAUAUCUGUAUUGUGCCGAGAUUGAAGUUUGUCACAAUGUACGAUUGUGCGGCGCGGCACCAUACAUAUACGUUCUCUAAAAUCUGCAUAAACAGGAAGUUUUAUGUUUGACUUACACAGGAAAUUUUUAUUUUUGGGUUUUGCUGCCAGGAUGAGAAAUAUAUUUUCUAGGCCUGAACGUAGCUAAACAGUUCGAUUUUUACAUAGGAAGAAAGAGCUGUUAUUUAGCUUUUCUAUGACACCUUUUUGAAAUCGUAACGAUGAGAAAUGGCCACACACUCGUCAAAUAAAAAUUGCCGGUCGAAAUCACAUUCUUCCGCCGUUGGGAAUUGAAAAUACAUUAAUUAUGCAAAGUUAGUCAAUCCAAAAGCAACGCGAGCCUGCUGCAAGCUAUUUGUUUCAUAAAACGUUUUGAUAACGAAUGUUCUCUGUUCAGGGGUUAAUUGAACCAUGUUUCGUACCAAAUUCGUAUUGAAUUAUUGUCUCACUAAGACGAAGACUGACGAGUUGAACUUAUUUUAGAUAAUUUAACAUUCAAUUUUAAUUUCCUCUUGGGAAUUGUUUAUGUUUCGUUUUCGCGACCGGCAAUUUUUAUCCGACGAGUAUGUGGCCAUUUCUCAUCGUUAAGGCCCUGUCACACUAUUGCGUAUGAGAGAAACGUAUGAGAAGCGUAUGAAAAUGAAUGAAAUAAUUUUCAUACGCACAAAAAUCCUUUGAAAUGACAGCGUAUGAGUACCGUACAUCUGGCGUACCUCUAGCGUAUUCAGCGUGUGCCUAGAGUAUGCUUAUCGUAUAAAGCAUACGUUCGAUACGCACAACAUUUUUGAGCAUGCUUAAGAAAAAUUUUCUGCCUCGCCGUAUGCGACCGUGCUUGAAACGUAUACAACCUAUGCCUAACGUACCCCUAGCGUAUGUCAACGUAUACCGGCGUAUGAGUGAUAUUUUUCAUACGCUGGCAUACGCUACUACGAUACGCAAUAGUGUGACAGGGCCUUUACGUCUUAAAAAGAGUAUUCAUUAAAAAGCUAAAUAACUGUUCUUUCGUCCUAUGUAAAAAUUGAAUUGUUUAGCCACGUUUAUGAUGCGCGACAGCCUGUUUAAUUUCCGUAGCGUUUUUUUUUAGACAUCCUGUAUAAUAAAUACAUCAAAAGAUCAGGAUUUUAGCUGUCAAAUGAGACCUUUGUGAAAUGACUGCGAUAAAAAUGACCAAAUGCGCUCUGAUUUAAAGUAAUCGGUUGGAUUCGCAUUUUUCCACACAAUAUCUUUACACGCAAUUAGCCAUUCCGAAGUUGAUGAGAGGACUGGGGACGAGUGUUAAAAAGUGCCCAAAUUGAGAAAUGAAACCUCCUCAAAAUUAGUAAGUAUGCAAAGUUUGAAGACGUUUACAUGAAUACCCUGAGAAUAAUAAGCAUUCGAAAAUUGUGAAAUUACUGAUUAAAAGAUUGUUUUUGGGACGCGCGUCUCAAAAACAAAAAUUACAGUACAUUUCAUAGCAAAUAUUGCGAUUUUCGAAAGCUUAUUAUUCGAAGGAUAUUCAUGUAAACGUCUUCAAACUUUGUAUACUUACUAAUUUUGAGGUGGUCUUUUUAGUGAUUUGGUUCAUUUCUUUAUCUGGGCAUUUUUUAACACUCUUUCCCAGUCCACUCAUCAACUUCGGAAUGGCUAAUUCCCAACGAUGGAAAAAUGCGAUUUCGGCCGGCAUUUUUAAAUCAGAUCGUCGAUCGCAAUGGUGCAAGAAAGAUAGCAUUGGACAGCUACGGAAAACGUAAAUAGAUAAACGUAUAUAUAUAUAUAAUGCACAAUAACAUUGCCAAAGUUGGGCUACCCUUUUUUGAUAUACACCUAACCAUACUAAAAGUAGGAAAUGGAUAGAUGUUUUAACUAUAGAAGUUAUUAUAGUAUUGAAUUUUUAUAAUUAUUUAUGAUGCAAAAAAGUUAUUAAAAUGUAAAAAGCAGGGGCUGGGAGUAUCAAAUUAAUAAAUUAUGUUGUUUUGUUUACACGAUAAUUGCACUGGCUGAUGCAUAUGCUAGUCACUGCCUAGUAAUUGACCAUUUGCAUUAUAGACUAAAUUUUGAUCUAGACAAAAAUUUCAUCACAGCUUGAAAGAGCAUCACAAAAUUAGUAAUAUUCCAACGGUUUCGUUGCGAAAUGCGGGUAAUAUAGCCUUGCGAAAUUUCCAAUUUUCAGUCAUUUUGUAUUACAAACGGGAAAUUGGUGCCCCAACACGCGAUUGGGCUGUCAAUUUCCCGUGCGUAAUACAAAAUGACUGAAAAACGGCAAACUUCGCAAGGCUAUAUUAUCCGCAUUUUACAACAUUUCGCAACGAAACUUUGGAAUAUUACUAAUUUUGGGGUUAAACAGUUUCUUCUUGACGCAAGCGACUCAAUUUUAUUUCUCGGUAAGCCAAUGAUAUCUAGACAGCGAUUUUGUACUCUUUCGAUAUCCUCCUUUAGGUAAUACGGUAAACCAGCCCAGAUUGGUGCCGCAUAUUCCAGUAUGGAUCUCCCAUAGUUAUUUACUGGGUUCUGCUCUUUAUCAUUAAAUUGAUCUUUAAAUAUUGUUAGCAUGAAUAAUUCCGAUGCAAUGUAGCGACUUCUAACCGAAGUUUUUGGAUCAGGAACUGGUCCCCAAUCGCUGCUAAUCUUGUUGUUGUUGUUGUUGUUGUUGUUGUUGUUGUUGUUGUUGUUGUUGUUGUCGUUGUUAUGGGGCGACGUUCUUCGGAGAAAGGCUAAGGCUCGUCUCCGAAUGUGACUGUGUUCGAAUUUUUAUUUUCAAUUUAGGAACAACUUUGCAAGCAAUUCUUGUCUGUACGCGUAGAAUAAUAAUAUGCAUAUCAUUAAAAUUCGCACACAAAACCGAACCAUAACUUCGGAGGUAAUGCUUUUUUCAAUAUCGAGGCAAUUGUUUUCAAUAUCGCGUAUAUGCGAGGAAAGGCGUUCAAAAUCUAAAAUCUUUUUGGCUUUCCUCCCAAAAUUGGUUCUUUCUAGCUUUAUUUUCCAGUUUACACACCAGGGGCGUAGAAACCGGGGGGUGAAUCCCCCAAGAAUCUCUCUCUCUCUCUCUCUCUCUCUCUCUCUCUCUCUCUCUCUCUCUCUCUCUCUCUCUCUCUCUCUCUCUAGUGUAUUUACGAAAAUAUUACUGAAAAAGUUCACCAACAAUUUUGGGAAAAGAAAUAUUAAUUAGCGACUGAAAUGUUCGUCCGUCAGGAACGACUUCGGAAACGCCCUUUUGGUUAGCAAAACAAGCUCACCCCUACCCCCAGCCGUAAUACCGAAGUUUCGCCCAUGUUGGAGAGCCCCCUUGUUAACAUUGCAGGACUACACCAGUGUCUUUGCACCCCACCCCCUAUAAAUCCACCACUGCAUUGGACAGCUACGAACAAACGUGAAUGGAUAAACGUUAUCUAUACUGCCUGAUCUUCAUAUGGUCGUCACGCUUGUACAGAUUGAGUCACGAUGUUUCUCAUCAGGCGAAAUACAGUAUUUUAGAACUGAAAAUACGCGCAGUGAUUAUAACUAGAGAAUACUUAUGAGGGUGGGAAAGGAUAUUUUCGUGAGCCGUGAAUGGUCAAUAUUUGUUCGCGUGAAAUUUGAAAUGCUUGAUUUUAGUGUCGUGAAAUGUGAUUUGUUCUACAGCC